AUGGCGGUGCAGGCGGCGCUCCUCAGCACGCACCCCUUCGUCUCCUUCGGCUUCGGGGGCUCCCCGGACGGGCUGGGGGGCGCCUUCGGAGCCCUGGACAAGGGCUGCUGUUUCGAGGACGAUGAGGCUGGGACGCCAGCCGGCGCACUGCUGGCGGGCACCGAGGGCGGGGACGUGCGCGAGGCCACCCGCGACCUGCUCAGCUUCAUCGACUCGGCGUCCAGCAACAUCAAGCUGGCACUGGACAAACCGGGCAAGUCGAAGCGGAAGGUGAACCACCGCAAGUACCUGCAGAAGCAGAUCAAGCGCUGCAGCGGUCUUAUGGGCGCCGCACCCCCGGGCCCGCCCUCCCCGGGCGCCGCCGACACUCCCGCCAAGCGGGCGCUCGGCACCUCCAGUGCUCAGACCGUCGCGGUCCCGGCUCAGGGCAAGGCCGCCCCCCGGAGGGAUGCGUCGCAGGCCUCGGCGGCCGCUAGCCUGCAGAGCCAGAGCCUAGCCGCCCUCUUCGACUCGCUGCGCCACAUUCCCGGGGGUUCCGUGGCAGCGCCCACGGCCGGGCUCGGCGGAGCGGGCUCUGGGGGCGUGGGAGGGGACGCGGCCGGCCCUGCUGGGGGUACGGCGGUCCCCGGUGCCAGGAAGGUGCCGCUGCGUGCCCGCAACCUGCCCCCGUCCUUCUUCACCGAGCCGUCCCGGGCAAGCAGCGGCGGGUGCGGCUCGUCGGGGUCCUGUGUGAGCUUGUGCGACCUGGAGAAGGGCUCCGAGACCCUGGAGUUCUUUGAGCUGCUGGGGCCCGACUACGGGGCCAGCACCGAGGCAGGCGUCUUGCUCGCUGCGGAGCCUCUGGAUGUGUUCCCCACCGGAGCCACGGUCCUGCGAGGACCCCCGGAGCUGGAGCCUGGCCUCUUUGAGCCGCCGCCUGCGGUGGGAAGCCUAGUGUACCCCGAGCCCUGGAGCGCCCCGGCCUGUGUCCCGACCAAGAAGUCAUCCCUGGCUGCCCCCCACGGAGGCUCGACCUUGAACGAGCCCUUGCGCCGACUGUACCCGGCUGCUGUGGACUCUCCGGGCGGGGAGGACGGGCCGGGCCCCUUGGCCUCUUUCGCUCCCUUUUUCUCAGACUGUGCCCUGCCCCCGCCGCCCCACCAGGUGUCCUACGAUUACAGCGCGGGCUACGGCCGCACCGCUUACUCCAGCGUUUGGAGACCCGACGGAGUUUGGGAAGGGGCUCCGGGGGAGGAGGGAGCGCGCCGGGACUGA